CUCAUAAUCAUCUGUUCCCAACCUUGCUCUGGUUUGCAAAGCAGGUCUCAUUUCUGCAUGAGACUGGGCAGUCAGAAGUGGGACUGCAGCUCCUGGAAAAACUGUGCAGGACUUGCAUCAUGUAAGCAAUGCAAAGAAUGGUGGUACCGAAUGAUGUCUCAGAGACUAAGCUUCAUCUGCAUUGUGCCCUGGCUUAACAGGCCUCUUGUGUGAAGGAAACAAUUGUUUUUCAGUGUUUUAAGAAUAUUGCUGCUUUAAAAAUAAAUCUAUAGCUCAACAGCCUCAUUGAUGUAUGGAUGCUGGUUGUAUUUUCCGUGACUGAAAAAUGAGUUGUCAAAGUAUGAGUAGCAGCACGGUAGCCAAGUUCUAUUUCAAAGUGAAAUGUACAGCUUUAAUGACAGUUCUGCAAAGAUCAGUUAUUUGUGUAUUCUUUCUAUCCUUUAUGCAGGCAACACUUAAUGAAGUACACACAUUACUAAUGUCCAUCCUGCAGAGAAAUGAGCUGUGAAAAAAUUUAAGCAAACAUGUUCCAACUGUUCAUACAAAGGAUUACAUAAGUCACACAUUAUGUUUCCACAAAACUUUCCCCACAAUUUGCUGCUGCUCAGCAUGUACUUCACUUAGCUUCCUCUAAUUAAAAUUUGCAAACAGAAAAGCUUUCCAGGGCUAAGAGACUCGUGCUUUCCCAGAGUUUUGGAGCCACGUGUUUCAGGAAUGGCUGGGUACACCACACCAAUAUAAUAUAAAGGCAACGUCAAUCACCUUCUCUCACUUUUUAAUAGCUCCCCUCCAUGGUUCUCAUUCUCUCAGUAGAAACUAAAGAUUAAAGGAACUUUACUAUAUUUCAAGUACAGUUUAAUCCAUUAAGAUGGAUCUCCUUCAUAGCAAUGGCGUGCUUAUCAUUCAGCAUUUACAGAGGGACUACAGGGCUUACCAGGAUUUCCUUAAUUUUAUGUCACAUGUCGGUGAUCCGCGGAAUAUAUUCUCAAUUUAUUUUCCUCUUUGGUUUCAGCUCAACCAAGUGGUUGGUACUAAAAUGAUAUGGGUGGCAGUCAUUGGUGAUUGGUUCAACCUCAUAUUUAAAUGGAUUUUAUUUGGCCAUCGCCCAUACUGGUGGGUGCAAGAAACAAUGAUUUAUCCUAAUCAGUCAAGCCCAUGCCUUGAACAGUUUCCUAUAACGUGUGAAACUGGACCAGGAAGCCCAUCUGGACACGCCAUGGGAUCAUCCUGCGUCUGGUAUGUAAUGGUCACUGCAGCACUUAGCUACACAGUUAGAUGGAAAGAUAAAUUAGCUGUUACCCUUCACAGACUGACAUGGUCAUUCCUCUGGAGUAUUUUUUGGAUUAUCCAGAUCAGUGUGUGCAUCUCAAGAGUAUUCAUAGCAACACAUUUCCCUCAUCAAGUUAUUCUUGGAGUAUUUGCUGGCAUUCUUGUGGCAGAAGCAUUUGAGCAUACCCCUGCUAUUCAGACUGCGAGCUUGAGAAUGUACAUCAAGACAAACUUGUUUCUUUUCAUCUUUGCCCUUGGGUUUUAUCUAUCCCUCAAACUUCUUGAUAUUGACUUGUUAUGGUCUGUUCCAAAGGCCAAGAAGUGGUGUGCCAACCCAGAGUGGAUAAACAUUGACACAACUCCAUUUGCUGGACUGGUGAGGAAUUUAGGGGCACUCUUUGGUUUAGGUCUUGGAAUUAAUUCUGAAAUGUUCAUCACAAGCUGCAAAGGUAAAAAUAGCUGCAAGCUAAGUUUCCGCAUAUGGUGUAUAGCUGCUUCUUUAGCUACACUGCAGCUGUAUAAUUUCGUUAAGAUACCUACUCAUACUGAGUAUUUGUUCUACAUUCUCUCCUUCUGUAAGAGCGCAGCUAUGCCUCUGACUGUAGUUGCCUUGGUUCCAUACUGUGUCCACUCGUUAAUGAAGACAACUGAAAAGAAACUUAAUUAGGUAAAGGUUCAAAAUGGUUAGCAAUGUGGGGAUGGGUAUGAGCUGUUCAAGAACCCUCUGCAAAGGCGGUUUUGCUAACUCAUUUUAACCAAAGGGAUGCUACUGCAUCUUUGAUGUCCUCCUGGUAAGUAACCAGUACAUCCAAAAUCAGUAUGCUCCAGAAUGACUUUGGCAGCUCAGAAAUAUUAGUUGCUGAUUCCUAGAAAUAUUGCAAGCACCCUGCAGUAUGGUUAGAAAUGGCCCAAUAUUCUGGGUCAUAACAAAGUUUUAAAGCAUAAUCAACUAGUUUUAUUUAGCUAUAUGGUGGUCUUUAAGUUCUCUCCAUCUCUAGCUAGAUGAUGCUUCAAGCGUCAGUUGUACAUAUACUCGGUAUUAAUUUUUUAUAUAUAGAUACUGUGUGUUAAACUGCUACAUAAUGGUGUGACAGUAUCACACCACCUACCACUGUACGGCUGUACCCAGGCACUGUGAAAAAGGCCAGCGUAGUUAUAAGCAAGGUUUUACAUUUAACUUAUUGAGCUUCCUGAGCCAAACGGCUUCUGAUUAAGUCAGAUGAGAAAAAAAAAAAAAGUUUAUUUCCAUUAUACUCUGUAGAAUAUAUUUUUGCAUUACUAUGUGGGUUUUGUCAUUGUUACUUUUUCAAAGUGGUCACGUAAAUCAUGAAUGAUACAGAUCACACCUUUGAAAGUUGUCAGUGAUGAAAUUCUCUCAAUGUAUGUCCUCAAGGAUAUUGUUCAUGCUCCUAUAUUGCAAAGGUAACUCUCUGCUAAUUCUCUCAGAUCAAGAGACACAAGCCUGAAUCACUGUCAGUAGUUGUGUAAAUCAUGAAAAUGUGGUUGCAGACUGUCAUUGCAACUUUAUAUUCUUGUCAGCUUUGUUUACCUAAGCACACAAGUAGCUAAUAUGUUAAAUAUGUUUGCUAUAUAAAAUGGAUGUUCUAAAUAGGCAAAGGUGGGUACUUUCCAUUUUUACUCAUUAUUUGGCAUCUACUGUUGUAUAUUCCCUUUCAGUGCACAAUUUUUAAGCAAUAUUUUGCGGAUACCAUCUCGUAAUACUUAGUAUACAAGCUCUUUAUACAAUAGCCUUAGUAUACAAGGCCAUAAAAUGGGUAAUGAGGGCUGUGUGUGUAUGAUCUAAAAAAAAAAAAAUGGCUUAAAAUAUGCAACCAUGAUAGUGCUUCUAGACUUCCAAUUAGGUGUGGGAUAAUUCAAAUUGAAAGAUUCUUAUUUAAUUUGGGUAAACAAGGUGAAUAGUUUUGUGUUGGCCCUUAGGAAUAAACAUUAUACAAAUUACAGCAGCAAAUCUGAAACAGGCAUCCUUAUUUAAGAGCCUAGUAAGACUACCUCGACUUAAAAAAAUGAGUCAUCUGGUUUUAACAGUUUGAGGAGUAUUCUGCUUCAUGUAUCUCCUCAUAUCUUCUGUAAUGGAUCUCUUAACUCUUU